AUGGAGUCAGCCACUGUCCAGCGUCCGAAGUAGUCAGUCUGCUUUCAAUCGUCGUGAGCUUCAAUCGUUGCUGGGAGCUUUCGAUUUUAUUUUUCUUACUUACUUCCAAGAUCACAAGAUCACAGUCAAGAUCACAAAUAAAAGUUUAGUGAGAAAAACUAGUAAAUAGAAAAAUGUUGCUGAAUAUUGUGGUGAUUGUUCCCAUUUUCGCAGCUCUUCUGCCUUUAAUUCCUGCCCAAACUGAACCUUGCACCACACCAGAGGGUUUUCAGGCUGCAUGUACGCCCGUAAUGAAUUGCCCACCAAUUUUGGGUAUUCUCAACAAUGCACCAAGACCCCUUCCACAGAAUAUUGUGACGUACCUCCAAAGGCUCCAGUGCUUCCAUUCAACAGGUGUGCCAGCCGUUUGCUGCCGUAGACCAUCCGUUGGGAACACUCCAACAGCUCCUGUAACUCCAUCAGCCCCUGUUACUCCUGUACCAAUUAGUCCUGCCUCAGAUGUUAAUACCGUCUCCAAUGACAUCCCCACAGGACCAACAGAUGUAUCCAGGCAUCCGAAUAUUGGUCUCCUACCCACAACAACUUGCGGCCCCCUUCUGGGUGAUAGAGUUGCAUUUGGGGAGAAAACUGCCCUGUUUGAGUAUCCCUGGAUGGCUCUUAUUCGGUACGAAGUUGCCGAUGGGUUUGCCUACAAGUGUGGUGCAUCCCUCAUUACGGAUCGGUACGUCCUGACAGCAGCUCACUGCAUUGCGCGCCUCAGGAGUGGCAUCAGUGUGUACUCUGUGGUACUGGGCGAAUACGACGUUCGCUAUGACACAGACUGCCAGACAGUUGGAGAUGAAACAGUGUGCUCACCACCUGUUCAGGAGAUCCUCCAAGAAGCCAUUCUGCCACAUCCCAGCUACAAUACACCCCGAUUUGCCAAUGAUAUUGGGUUGAUCAGACUGAGAGAUGCUGCUGAUAUGUCCCGUGAGAAUAUCAAGGCUGUCUGUCUGCCCUACGCGCCAAAACUACAGUCUAUGAAUCUCCGGCGAUUGGUGGCCACAGGAUGGGGUACAACGGAGAAUAAUACAAGGUCUGAUGAACUCCUCAAAGUCAACUUGCCCGUGGUGGACAAUGCACGUUGUCAGAGAGCCUUCCCCACCCUCAAAUGGAGCCCCAAUCAAUUCUGUGCUGGUGGAGAGAACAACGUGGACACAUGCAAAGGAGACUCUGGGGGCCCCCUCGUCUAUCCCGCAAACAUCCUUGGACAGCGCUACGUUCAAUUUGGCAUUGUAUCCGCUGGUUUGAGCUCAUGCGGCGUUUCAAAUGGCACGCCUGCCGUAUACGUCCGCGUAGGGAACUACAUGAAAUGGAUCCUGGACACAAUGCGCCCCUAGAAUCAUCUUCUAUUUCUCUCACAAAACACCCCCUUGUGAUAUUACUGUUAGUGACACUGCAAAAGCUCGUCUCUCCCCAUUACGCUUUUGUGCAUUUCUCAAGCGUUUCUAGUGUAUUUUAUAAUUAAUUUUAUAAAUAUAUUAUGUAUUGAAUUAAAAAGAUUAUACAAAUCUUUGAAA